GUGGUGUUUCUAACGUGAAGGUGAUGUUUCUAACAUGCCGUGGUCCCGUGUGCAGCUGCAGAGCGCCGGCUCCCUGAAGGUCACCAUCCAGCAGAGCAGUGAGAGCAGAGAGUUCGGCCAGAAGGACCGGCCGGCGGGCAGACAGAAGGGUGGGCUGCGCUGCCACGUGUGUAACCUCACCUGCCGCUCUCUGCAGGUGUUCCAGGAGCACAUGUCUGGACGAGAACACAUGACCAAGCUGCAGGAAAUUACCAAUGGAGUCCACCUGAACACACACACUACGCUGGACAGGGGGCGCCGGCCUCAGCCACAGCGCUGGUGUGACACCUGCCAAACACACUUCAGCGGCGACGUCAUCGUCCAUCGACGCACCAAACAGCACAAGGUGUGUAAGCAGCUGGGCCGGCCCUUCUGUCCGGUGUGUAAACGACACUUCAGGACCCCCAGGAAGUUUGUGGAGCACAUGAAGUCUGAAGAGCACAAGCAGCAGGUUCACCUGGAGGACAGUCAGGAGGAGGAGCUGAUCACGGUGGACGCCGUUGGCUGCUUCGAGGAGGAGGAGGAGGACCAAACUGAGGUAGCUGAUGAGGAGCUAGAACAAGAGAAUGAAGGAGAAGAAGAAGAGUCAAAUGCAACAGAGUCAGAGAUACUUGAUCCAGAGGAGGUGGACGGAGGCGAGUACAACCCCCAUGUUACCUACGGAAAUCGGUUUGUGGUUCCUGUGUGCGGCUUCGUUUGUCGACUCUGCAACAAGUUCUUCUACAGAGAAGCUACAGCUCGACACACACACUGCAGGACACACACACACUACCUCAACCUGCAGAGACGCAGAGCUCAGAGGAAGACAGAUGAGGAGGAAGACGACGAAUCUGCCCCCACCUGACCUGCCUACACCAUUUCCCAUAAUGCAUUGUGGCACCAGGCGUCGGCCUGGUUCUCCGUGAGUGAGAAGUCGCCAGGUGGGCCCGGGUGAAACGGCUGGACGUUACUGACACCCAGUGGCCGCUGCUGGAACUGCAGCUUCCUGCCAGACUGGUGUUAAACGUUAGAUUUAACGUUAAAGGAGCAUGAAGCUCCUUUUAAGAAAUGAGACUCAUUAGCGCCACCCUUCACCACGACGGCCGUCGGGGGUACUGCAGCCAACAGUGAAGCCGGCACGGGAGAACGGGGAGAACGUGCAUGCAGCGUCAUGUGACGUCACAUCUGCAGGACAGCGCGGGAAAUUCGGCCCCAGCACUGCAGCACAUUUUGCAGCACACAGCCUGUUCAAGGCAACGGAGAGAUACACUAGAGGGCUCAUUCUUUUUGGUUUGGAACGCUUCAUCUGACAUUAUUACUAGAAAACUUACACAUUUUUUUCAUAAAUUCUGCCUCAAUCCUGCCUCAAGCUCCUUUAAAGGAGCACACAGUGGCGGAACAUAUCCGAGCCGGGCCUGGGGGCAGGGCAUAUGACGGGGCCCUUAAUUCAAUCAUUUUACAUUUUUUCCCUAAUUCUUAAAUUUGUUAAAAUAAUAACACAAUUAAUAAAUGUAUUUAUUUAUUUUUUCUUUUUGUUCAGAAUAAUUAUGUUAACUUGCAGCAGGGUAACUGUGAACCUGUCGUUUCUCGCUGCAGGAACACACUUUAAAAAGGGUUUGAAAGAAAAGAAAAGGUGAAAUAUUUAAGAUUUUGUUUCUACAAAGGGUCAUUUAAAUUUUGAAACCUGUUUUGUUGACCUUUUUUUUAAUAAAUUAUAUAUAUUUUUUCGGACUUUA